CUGUUGAUAAAUGAUGAUGAUCUAGUGCGGGCGAUUCUCAUGAAACAUUCACAAAAUUAGUGUCCAUGCUAACACUGGGAUAGUCACCAGGUAUAUCGAUGAACGCGUUACAGUCAGUUAAAAGCUUUUUCCUUCCCACGUCAUCCGCCGAUUGGUGGGUUCAGUUCAGGAAAUGGGAACAUCUAUGCUGCCCAAAACAGCCCACAGUGCGAUUGGUGUUUCUGUUUCUGUUUUUCCUGCUUAUGGAACUGACCGUCUUCGGAAUAACGUUGGUGUACGUUCCUUCGCGUAUGCACACUGGUUCCUUUUUCCUGGACAACGGAGUACCGGCGAUCCUGAUCAUUGCUACCACUGGAAGUGUCGUGAAGCUAUCGCACAUGCUUUCCCAGCGUCGCCGAAUUGGUGCCAUUUCUGACACGCUGCAACAGAUUGAUCACACGAUCCAAAUGCUAGACUUUCGAAUGAAAUGCGAUGAAAUUGUGUAUUGGACAGCAGGAUGGAGUAUUACUUUGGCAAUCACAACGCUUAUUUUCUCAGUCACAAUUAAAGUCUUUGGAUCCGUGGUGUUUAAGCACGUAGGCAUUGGUCUCAUGAUACUGUUCAUAAAUAUUACCAAUAUUCCGUACUCCGUGUUUACGGUGUGGUUUAUAGUUUGUGAGCUUUGUAUACGUUGCCGUAUGAAAUUGCUCCAUUCCCUGCUGGACGGUGGCAUGCGUUCGAUGGCAACCAGCAGAAGGAUAGAAAUGGUCAAACGGGCCAGUCAAUUGCUAGCAGGCGUUACCAAUUUGCACGCCGACCUUUCUUCUAUUGUUGGGCAUGUGAGUGCUAUAUUCUGCGUACAGGUGACUAUCAGCCUGUCCGCGUACACAAUUUUGCUGAUCUUCUGCAUUUUUUCCUACUACCGAGCGGCCGUCGUUAUGGGCGAGAUCGAAACAAACUUUGCCUGGCUAACGAUAUGUUGGAGUCUGUACAACAGUUGCUUUCAGAUACCGAAAGUUUUGUUUGGUGCCUGGAUUCGACAGAGUUCAAACCAAUUAACAAAACUGGUUCAUCAUCAUCUUCGGCAUGCUAACGAGUAUAUGGUACAAAAUCAGUUAUUCAUUUUAUCGCAGCAAUUGGAACAUUAUUCGCUAACAAUACGUCCUUGGUAUUACACAAUUAAUUGGCCUGUAUAUGCUACGGUAAGACGGCAUGCAUGGAACAGGUGUGGAGCCUCAUGGGCCGGUAUUAAAUGCCAUUUGUUUCCGGUUCCAGGUAAUUGGCUAUAUCAGCACGUACGUUGUAAUUUUGAUACAGUUCGAUAG